AUUUUAUCUGGCAAUACUGAUCCGUUGUCUCGUUUACAGGAAUUAUUCAAUUUAGUUUUUAAAUAUGUGAAGUUCAAAAUUUAUUUAAGGCUUAAUUAAUAUUUUAAUAGUGAUAAAUUCGUAUUUUUUUGGUAUAUAAUAUCUAAGAUAAAAAUGGAUACUUUGUACAUUGGGAACUUGGAAAAUCGUUGUCGAACUUGCCUCAACAAUACAUCGAACAAAAUGCAUGAUAUUUUCGCUGAAAAAAGUGAUUCUAUUAACGCUGCUGAAAUGCUGACGUCAUGUACAUCAAUAGUGGUGAACCAGGAUGAUUCUUUACCAAAAAUACUCUGUGGAAGUUGCUAUAACUGCCUUGUUAGCUUCUAUGACUUUAGAAAAUUAGCUGAGAAGAUAGAUACACAACUAAGGCAACAAUUGAGUAAUAUUACGUCUCUAGACGGUGAGAACGUAAUGAUUGAAAUAAAAGUUGAAAACAAUGUUCCUGACGCAGGCGCCGAUUAUGAUUUACUAGACUGUGGAGAUUUUGAAGUAAUGAAACAGGAAUUUGAAAGUCAUAGUUCAGAUGAAACAUCAAAACCAUUUUUGUGUGAUAUAUGUUAUCAAUCAUUCGAUAGUUCUAUUCAAUUGGAAACACACAGUCAGACACACAUAACAGACGCAAAACUCAAGUGUAACAAGUGCAAUAUGAGUUUUGACAAAAAAGCCAAGUUAGAACAACAUAAACACAAACACAGCAAAAGCAAAUUGUACACUUGUAGCUUCUGCUCGGAAACAUUUAAGCAUCAUUUCAAGUAUGUCAAACAUUUGAUCACGCAUGGUGAAGAUGUAAAAAGCAGGUCUUUUAUGACAGAAAUUAAUCAGAAUGAGAACCAACAUUUCGAGUGUGGUGUGUGUUCCACAAGCUUUAAAUCUACACAUUCCCUUGCAGCACAUAUGCGUAAACAUACAAAAAAAGAUAGGGUUUUAUCCUGUUCUAUAUGUAGUAAGGUAUUUAAGAAAAUAAGCCACUUGAAAAGACAUGAGCUAUCACAUGAAAAUAAUAGACCAUUUAAAUGUACACAAUGUUCAAAAUCAUUUAUAUCGGAAAGUCUUCUAACAGAACAUAUGAAUAAGCACAAUGGUGUGAAGCCACAUGCAUGCCCUAUCUGCAGGAAGACAUUUUCUCAUUUGUCAACAUUAACUUCACAUAUUAAAAUUCAUACACGGGAAAAACCACAUUUAUGUCCGACAUGUGGGAAAAGGUUUGAUUCUACCACUAACCUAAACCAGCAUAUAAAGAGGCAUAUUGGACUGAAGAUGUUUGCUUGUAACUUGUGUCCUAGGACAUUUGUAAGUAAAGGAGAGUUAAAAUCACAUGGUAUAACUCACACUGGAGAGCGUUCCUACACAUGUGAUCAGUGUGGCUCAUCAUUUACUAAAAGGAGUUCACUUUGCAAACAUAAGUUGAAUCAUUUAGGUGUAAAACCUUAUCAGUGUGAUGUUUGCCCUAUGAAAUUUGUGGGAAAAGAACAUUUGAAACGGCACUAUCGCAUCCAUACCGGCGAGAAACCGUACCGCUGUGAUAUGUGUGAUCGUGCAUUCACUCAGAGCAAUGAUUUGGUGAAACAUCGUCGGGCACAUUUAGGCGACAAGUUGUAUAGGUGCGCUGAAUGCACAGAAGGUUUUCGCCUUAAAAGCGAGUUGCGUCAACACAUAUCUGAACAUUUCAUAUCUCGCCAACUUCAAGCGUUAACUGUCAAUAAAGCAACUGAAGUUGACAGUGUAUCCACAGUUGGUGAAAUAGAACAAAGUACACCCAACAUUAUAGUGCAUGGUAAUGAUAUAACAGCUGACAACGAGAACAUGGUAAUUAUCCAGAAUGAAUCUCUUUUGGUUGACGGUAAUGAAAAAUGACAGGAUUUGGGAAAAUAAUUUUGUCUGUUUACUUACAAGUAGCUAUGGAUAUUAUAUUGUAAUUAGUAGAUAAUUUUUUGUACAAAUAGUCCAAUAAUGUUUAAUUUGUUUAACAGUGAAAUCCUAGAUUAUAUAGAUAGAGCCUCAUGCUUCAAAAAAAGGUCAACUUUUUGUCAGCUAAUCGUCAAAUUAGCUGACUCUUUUUUUAAUUAGUGUUCUAUAUACUUUAUAAUGCAACGUAUCUUGACGUGUCUAUAUUAAUUAAAAUGAGUUUUUGUGUAUGAAAAAGUGAAAAAGUUAUAAGACGAAAAAUAGAAUUAAUAAAAAGUCACGUUUUUAUAAAUUUUUUUUUUAUGAAAUUUUUUACAUAAUGUAAAUAUUUCUUUAGAUAAUUAUUUAGAGAUAUUAUUGAGUAGGUAUUAUGCAGACUUUGUUAUUUAACCAAAUUGAUUGUUUUCAAAAACAAAAUCUAUCAGAAUGAAUAAAAAUGGCCGCCAUUUUUAUUUUCUUUGUUAUAUGGCCAAUUGCUUUCAAAAUCGAUAUCUGAAGAUUCAUAUACAUUUUCAAUAUGGAUCCGGUGUCAGAAUUAAUCAAAAUAGCCGCCAUUUUAAUUUAAAGUCAUGAAAGUAUUUAUUAUUGGUAUUAAGAAAUGAUAAUUAAAAUACAAAUAAAUAUUUUUUACAUUUAGUUAACUUAAUUACAAUUAAUUAACUCAUAUUCUCUAUUGCCAUAUGUAGGUAUUUCCAAAAACUCGCAUAAAAUUAAAAUGGAUCUCACUUUGAUUAUUUUUAAAAUUUUACUAUUUUUUUAAGCAAUAUGAAAGAAAUAUGAAGUUCCGUCUAUCAUAUUCUUAUUCUUUACCUACGCAUUAUUUUCAAUAUAUAAAUAAUAUAAUUGAAUAUAUGAAUAAAGUUAAAUUUUAUAAAGGAUUAUUUAAUCCUAAUAAUAUUUUAAGUUACGGUCCUCACAUAUUUACCUUAAUCUAAAGUUAUAAUUUCUAAUCUGGUAACACUGUUGCGUACACAAUAGUAUGAAAAAGUUCACCCGCUUUUUUUGAAGCAUUUGUAUGGAGAUAUUAUCUAUAUAAUCUAAGAAUGAAAUAUAAAUUAACUUCUUAGUUAACACCUAAAUUAUUAAGAUUAGUUAAAUUUUUUGUUUGAAAUAUCUAAGUACAAAUUUAUUUUUUCCAUUUAAAUAGUUACAGAAAUAAAUAAUCUUGGAUA